GUCGUGGCCUCAUGUAUACAUGACGCAGAGUGGGUUUAUCUGUAGUAAAUGAUAAGGAAAGGACAUAUGUCAACUCAAUUUUACUUUAACAAUGAUUUUAAGUCUGGCACUAUCACUCAUUUGGCUUUCACUGGAGAGCAAUGCGUGCCCAGAUGGGUUUGUGAAGUUUCAGCAGUCGUGCUACCACUUCAGUCAUGAUCAAGAAACGUGGUUUGAUGCGGCGUUGGCUUGUCAAACAGUUUUCAACAAGGCAUAUCUUGCGGAGAUUGACUCUCAGGCUGAAAACCAGUUUCUCCUCCACUAUGCGGCCAACGCCAGAACUGAUUACUGGCUUGGUGCUACAGACCUUCAGGUGGACUGCACGUUUCGAUGGCAACACUCGCAGGAAGUUGUAGGGACGAACUUCCGGUCCUGGUCGCCUGGAAACCCAAGUGGGGGACCAGAAAACUGCAUGGAAAUUGUGAUCGAGCUUGAUCACAUUGGGUAUUGGAACGAUCAGACGUGCCACGACUACCAGAACUAUGUCUGUGAGAUCGAGGAUUCCAACCCUGAAAUUGUUGGCUGAGAAUGCGAUGCAGAGUCAUCACAGCAUUGUGCUUUUGGAUUUAUCGUACAUUUUCAUAUGUUACUAACUAGGUUAAUAUACAUAAAACACUA